AUAAUUAUUUUUUUUUAUUUUUUAUUUUUUUGCUUUUCUAUGUAUAUUUAUUUAUAUAUUUAUUUAUUUAUUUGUACUUUUUUACAUUUCUUUGUAUAUUUAUUUAUGUAUUUAUUUAUUUUUAAUUUUGGCAGGCUUGGGAUUCCAUAUCACUGAAGCAGCUCCAGUUAGCAAGUGCUUUCGGUGUGAGAGUGCAAAACUUUCCAUGCCUUCAGCCUUUCGCGCUGAUUGGCUGAACUCACGUCUCCCAACAAAUCAGAUGGGCGGAGGGCGGAGCUUGCUCUAGGUCACAGAGUGGUGCGUUCGGACAGAGGUGGCUGCAUCAGAGCCAAAUAGCGCAUUUUAAAAUUAAAUUAUUUUAUCGGCAAAUCGGUUUUGAAAAUGACCGAUACCGAUAACCAUAAAAAUGCUUAAUAUUGGCGCCGAUAAUAGGCCAGGCCGACAAUCGGUCACACUUGUGCUCCUCGCGGUCAAAAUUUACCGCAUUGGAAAUAAAUGGGAGACGAAUUUCAUCUAGUGAAAACUUUUGGUACUGCGGCAAAACAUGCGGCCCGGGGGAUGAUUUGAACAAUAAUAAAAAAACAGUUAUGCAUGGUCCACCGGCCAUAAAUCCGAACGGUUAUUUGUUUUAUUUUGGCCAAUAUCUAUUCUGGACUUGCAAACAAACUGCUUUGCAAUAAUUUCCCAAACUGUCGUUUGUGUGGAAAUAUUACGAAGUCUGUAAACAGAACGUUAACACAGGCACAUGCUGAAUACGGAUGCAAAGAGAAGAACACAGAAGCGCCAGCAGAGCGAAUACUGCACCAGGCCAAGCUCACUGUUUGUGAAAUAUAGGAAGAAAAAUAUAAAUAUUAAAUUGGGUUUUAUAUGAAUGUAACUUAGAAGCGAACUGUCUUUAGAAAAGUUUCGAUCUCCGUAUAAGUAGCCUAUUUUAUAAGCACAGCGCUGCUUUGUGUACAGCGGUAACCAAGGAAACGCUAUGUCGCUGCUGUUCCACAAGCGCCACCUACUGUUAGAGAGUGAAUUUGCAUUUUCAUUCAGUCUGUCUGCUAUUUUUGUUUUGUGCAUGUGUCUUAUGUAGCAUAAUUUCACAAAGCUAUAAAGUCAGACCAUGCUGUUUUUUUCUGUAAAUCUUGAAAUUAUACAAUCUAAUUUAAAUGCUCAUGCUCAAAAUGCAGUGGUGCCUGUAUACCAAGUGCCUACACACAUUUUUUGUUUAAGGCCAGUUUGGCCUGUUAUAGAACAUAUAAACAACAAAUUAAUUAAUUAAUUAAAGAAAAAAUUGGCAACUGGUAUCAAAUUUCCUCCAAAAAAAAUUGGAAUUGGCCAUAAAAAAAUCAAUAUUAAAAAAUAUUAAAUAAAACAUUAUUUUAAAAAUGUAAUAAAGUCUUUUCGCAGUAAAAAUAAAUGCAGUUUUCAAAGAGUAGUGUGUUUUUCCUUGCAAAUGAAUGUGCAGUACAGUACAGAGAAGGGUGACCUGUCUGUGUGUUAAGUAAUGCCAUGCUUAGAGAGUAUUAUGACCAGACUCUUUAAUGAUAAGGCUUUGGCCCGUGGAGUGUCCGUGUUGUCUGCCAUAGAUCUGCUGUUGGAGACUGCAGGUCUCUAAAGUGCGAAGAGGUUAAAGAGCAUUUAAGGUUGAGAGCUGGACCAUCUGAUUCUACAGCCAUCCCAGAAUAUCCCGCUGGUCAGCUGGUCUCCCUGAGUGACGGAGCUUAUAGAAUAGCUCGUCCCACAUGAUGGUGGGAAGGUGGCUGUGUCAGCAGGCACUCGGUGUGUGAGUGUGCGCUCAUGUGCCCUUUGUACUGCCUGCUAUGCGCAGUGGUAUGUAUCUAAAGGUCGAGGGGAGGUACAUGAGGCUCCAGCGGGGAGAUAUCGGGCCACUCGUUGCCCUGGUUCCCAAAGGCGAAAAUGACACUGUCAACUUUGAAUUUAUUAUACUGUCAGGAGUUUGUAUCUUACAGUAUUAUAUCAGGGAAUUCAGAAUAGUGUCAUAUCAAGUUUUCUUGUAUAUAUGAAUGCAUAAAUCUAACUUAAGUGACAGUACUGAUUACAGAAGCAUUCUGGGGUUAAGUGAGUUGCUCAAGGGCGCAAUAGUCACAGAUCAGGUUUGUGAUCCCAGUAACUCUCCAGUCAACUUUAUUUGAGAAUAAACUGGCAACCUUGGUGUUUCAAGGCUACCAACCUAUGAGCCAUGACUUUUCCAGUUGUUAAUUAUAGAUAAAUUUAAGAACAAUGUCUAGCCAAUGACAUGUUUCUAGAAAAAUAACUAUAGGAAAAUGUAUAUCCAUUACAGACUUUACCAUGACUUGUUUGAGUUUGUUACAGGUUUAGACAUUUUGAAACAUUGUAAAACAUUUAUGAGGAACAGAUUAGUGUUCAAUUUUACAGGUGUGUCUUUGCAGGCCCAGGCAGCUCUGAUCAACUCGGAACAAAGUGGAACAAACAGACACCCCCCUGCUGGAGCUUACAGGGGCUCGGCACCGGCAGCGCUGUUGUGAUCCAGCUGUCGGCCACAUGUGUGCGAUGGGGUCGUUGAGUCCAUAGCUACCCAGCCAGCUCUACAUCAUAUCAUUUCUUUCAGCAUCGCUGCGGACCACAAUGCUGUGAUGAACUGAAGGCGACUGAAGAACCUCGGCUUAGUCCAGAAGGUUCUAGGCUCUUCUAGUUGGAGAUGGAUGUAGUGGGAAAAUGCUGAGGAAAGCCCUUCUGUGGAUGAGAAGGUGGGGCUGUUGGGCCUAAUCCUGUUAUCCCAACCUUCUUAAUCCAGCUCCAGUCAGUGUUUACACCUCUUCAGUCACACAAAUACAAACACACUUCCAAUUCAAAUAUAUUGCAGACAUCAUGGAGGACAGCAUGAUACUAGGUGUUGAAGGGAUCAAGAAGACCAUCUUGCAUGGAGGGACCAGUGAGAAGCCCAAAUUUGUCACAGGAACUAAGGUGACGUUCCAUUUCCGCACCCAACUCUGCAAUGAUGAUCGCACCGUUAUAGAUGACAGUAAAAAGGCGGGUAUGCCCAUGGAAAUGGUGAUCGGGAACAUGUUUAAACUGGAUGUCUGGGAGACUCUGCUCACGUCCAUGCACAUAGGGGAGGUGGCUGAGUUCUGGUGUGAUGUCAUCCACACCGGAUUAUAUCCAAUAGUGGCAAAAAGUCUGCGGCGUAUCGCAGUGGGGAAAGAUCCAGUGGAUUGGCACAUUCACACCUGCGGCAUGGCCAAUAUGUUUGCCUACCACAGCCUGGGCUAUGACGAUCUGGACGAGCUUCAGAAAGAACCACAGCCUCUUUACUUUGUAAUGGAACUUCUGAAGGUACAGCAGCCCAGUGAGUAUGACAGAGAGUCCUGGGCUCUGAGCGAUGAGGAGAGGGUGAAAGCGGUACCUGUGCUCCACGGUCAAGGGAACAAGCUCUUCAAACAGGGCCGAUAUGAGGAUGCCACAAUGAAAUAUAAAGAAGCCAUUAUGUGUAUCAAGAAUGUGCAGACAAAGGAAAAGGCAUGGGAAGCUCCCUGGCUGAAACUGGAGAAGAUGGCCAACAUGCUCACUUUAAACUACUGUCAGUGUCUGCUCCGCAUGGAGGAGUACUAUGAGGUCAUCGAACACACAACUGACAUCAUCAACCAGCACCCUGGGGCGAUGAAAGCCUUCUAUCUGCGUGGCAAAGCGCACAUGGAGGUGUGGAAUGAAGCCGAGGCCAGAGAUGAUUUCAUGCGAGUGCUGGAUCUGGACCCUGGCAUGAAAAAGACAAUCAAGAAAGAGCUUGCAGUUCUCAAAAUGAGAAUGGAAUCAAAAAAUGAGGAGGACAGACUGAAAUACAAGGGCAUGUUCACAAAAAUAGCAAGAGAGCAAGAGUCUCUAGAGCUGGAGAUCCCAGAUCAAGAGAUUCCACAGCAAACAUCACCAGAUCAAGAGAGUCCAGAGGAAGCACCACUAGAAGAAACUGCUGAAGAACAAACAAACUCAUUGCAAACAACUUUAGAGCAAAUAACUUCAGCACAGUCUGGUCCAGAACAAACACCUUCUGAGCUAUUAAGCUCUGAUCAUGUGAUCCCAAAACUCAACAGCUACUCAAUAACUCAGAAUGUAACUCCAGAACAAACUACCAGAGAAGAUGCUACUCCAGAACAGUUACAAACGUUUCUGGAGCAAUCGACUUCUGAGGAAACAUCACCAGAGCAUGCGACUCCUGAGCCAACAUGUCCAGAAGAGGCAGACCAGGAUCCAGUAUCUUCAGAACAAACGACUCCAGCUCAAAUGACACCAGAAUACUCAACACCAGUCAAUGAGUCUUAAGCAUACCAACCAAGAGAAGUACAACUAUGAUGGUGUGGGGCCAAGUUGAAUCCUUUUGACCUGUUUUACUUAGCAAUCUUUUGUCUGAUGCUUUUCAUGUAUUCCACAUAAUGUAUGACUUCACCAUAGUGACUGUAGUUUUGCCAAUCAUCCAAUAAAAUAGUACUCACUCAAUUA